CUUGAAGCAUCUACAAAUACUGAGUUGGCUAAAAUCCAGCCACUUUAUGAUAUUCCUUCAAAGCUUUCGUGCAAUGUUAUUGGAAUUCAGUUAAAGGUAGAAAACUAUAUAAAUGAAUUGUAUGCUGAAGUGGCUUUGCUGCCAGAUACAACUGAUAUGUCUCAUCCUACACCAACACAAGAAAUAGUUGCAACAGAUCUGCAUGAAAACGGGGAGACACUAAUUGGAACUAGAAGAGUAGGUCACCAAGAAGGCAACAUACCUUCAGUUCUUGUUUCUUCACAUAGGAUGCAACAUGGAGUAAUAGCAUCUGCAAUGAAUGCUUUUAAAACAAAAAUUCUGUUUACGGUGUUCUAUAAGCUAAGGUCAAGCCAAUUCAUUGUAAGCUUUGACAAAUAUUUAGAUGCAGUGAAUAACAAGUUCAAUGUAAAUUCAAGAUUUGCGAUGUUGUUCGAAGAUGAUGACUUUAAUGAAAAAAGAUACUCUGGAAAAAUUACAGUAAUAGAAGAUUUAUCUUCUUAUUGGAGGAACUCUGAAUGGCGAAACUUAAAAGUGCAGUGGGAUGAAGUUGCAUCAAUUCAAAGACCUAAUAGAAUUUCAUCAUGGGAUAUUGAAAUUUUUGCACCUUCAUCAAUUGCUCUUGAAUCGUCAUUGCUUAAGAACAAACGUCAAUUCCAACUUGUUGAAAUAGGUUCGAAUUUGUGGACUCCUACACUUACUCAAUGCCAGGAAAUGGGCCAAUCAAGCAUGAAUUCUCUGAUCAAUGUUCCUCAAUUUAGUUACCAUGAUUCAGUCGAUGAUUCUAAGAUUUUAUUUGGUUGGCUAAUGUAUUACAUAGUCCCAACCAAAGAAACCGUUAGUACAACCACUAGGUACAAAUUGUUUGGAGUGGAUUUAAGGGCUCCCAACAUCUCAAAAGAUACUGUGGGACUAAUUGACUCCAAUGGAAAGUCAGAAAUUUCUAAAAUCUGUGAAGAAAAUAAGCUCAGCCAACCCCAAGAUUUUACAACACCAAAAAAUAACGAAAACAAGCAAAUCAAGUCUCAUAGAAGUCGUAGUAAGGUUCAGAUGCAAGGUGUAGCCAUAGGGAGAACCGUGGAUUUAACUGUUUUUUGUGGAUACAAUGAGUUGAUCGAUGAGUUAGAAAAACUCUUUGAUCUUAAAGACGAAUUGCGUAUACCUAAUCAAUGGGAAAUCAUUUUCAUAGACGAUGAAAAAGAUAUAAUUCUCGUUGGAGAUAAUCCAUGGCCAAUUUUACAAUCUGGUGAAGAAAAUACUGAUAUGCCCAAAAGAGAAGGUAGUGAUAAUGAAAUCGGGGACGACAAUUCUCUGAAG